UCUGAGAUAUGCCAUGACAUUGGCAUUGUCUUGUUGGGUGAUUUUCAAAGGUCUUUCAUCUGUACACAGUUGGAUAGCCUCUUUGCAGUGUUGAAAAGAAGUGCCUAUCAUGAGCUGGAUAUGGAUGAGGUGAUUGAUCAAAUGGAAAGCCGUACUCCAUCAUCACCCAACACCUAUCAACUGAUUUCAUACACGAUAUACUGA